AUGGCUACUCAGGACAGAGUAACUGUCAUUCAAGAACCACAGGCAGACUACAUCUUAGGAGAAGCUGGCUGGAGAAAGAGGCGCAUACGGAGAAUGGAUUGGAAUUUGUUGCUCUCAAGUCAAACAGAGCGACUUACAUCUUGCUCCAGUGUCAAUAGCGUUUUACUGGAUCAGGUGCUGAUUCAUGGCAAUAAAAACAUAAGACCAUUUGCAGUACACUGGAUUAUCACAAUCCCUUCCCUGCCCGCCAAGGGGCGCAAACUAACAUUCCUCCUGCAGUGCAGACACAUCCCUCUCGGUCUGGGACAGAAGGCCGUUAGCAACGAGGAAAUUAGCGGAACCUUGAGGCCGAACGCUUGCAGCUGCUACGGUUGCUUUGCGAAAAGAACACAUCCGGCCGGCGAAGACGUACUCCCAUCUCGUGUUUGGUCGGCCCCCUGCCCUCGCGUUCCGAUUUGCCACGCUAACGCUGGGAGGCGGGCUUGCGUCGGGGUCACGCUCUCCUAUUGGCUACUGGUGCGGCGGCGGUUUGGAGUGAGCGUGGCUUGUUGGGCUGCAGGCUGUGAGGAGGGCCGCGGUACAAGCUGCGUCGAGUCCAGUGUCUGGUGGGAAUCCGGGGCCGGGCCAGGUCUGGGUCACCGGGUGAUGGAUCGCGUGUGGAGUGCGUGGUGCGGGAAGUGCGUCCAAGAGAUAGAGUCGUCGCCACUUUGGGCACAGCGCAUCGUGGUCGCCUGGCUCGGUAAGGCCGAGUGGGAUCAGGUGACGGUGUAUCUGUUCUGUGACGACCAUAAAUUGCAGCAGUACGCGCUGAACCGCAUCACCGUGUGGAGAAGCAGGUUAGGCAACGAACUCCCCCUGGCAGUGGCUUCUACUGCUGACCUGGUACGCUGUAAGCUCAUGGAUGUAACUGGUGGCUUGGGCACUGAUGAACUUAGACUGCUCUAUGGCAUGGCAUUGGUCAGGUUUGUGAAUCUUAUUUCGGAAAGGAAAACAAAGUUUGUCAAGCUCCCCCUCAAGUUCCUGGCUCAGGAGGUGAACAUUCCAGAUUGGAUUGUUGAACUUCGCCAUGAGUUGACCCACAAGAAAAUGCCCCAUAUAAAUGACUGCCGCAGAGGCUGCUACUUUGUCCUGGAUUGGCUCCAGAAGACCUACUGGUGCCGCCAACUGGAGAACAGCCUGAGAGAGACCUGGGAGUUGGAGGAGGACAGGGAAGAGACAGAUGAAGAGGGCCAAGAGGAUAAGAACAUUGUUGUUGAUGAUGUCACAGAACAGAGACCAGAACAUAAGGAUGAAGGGAAAGAUGCAGAGCUGGAUGUCCGGGCUGAUGGAGACCACAAAAGCAACACAGAGGCUGAUUUGCAUUGGGAAAAGGCUCUGAGACAUAAAGAGCUAUAUGAAAGAGCCCGGGAACUGCUGGUAUCAUAUGAAGAGGAACAGUUUAAGGUUCUGGAGAAAUUUAGGCAUUUACCUCAGGCCAUUAAGGCAUGGAAUAACCUGUCCCCACCUGUAGAAUGCAUCCUGGCUGAGCUCAAGGGCAUUACAUGGGAGAACAGGGAGGCUGUGCUGGAUGCUUUUCUGGAUGACGGCUUUCUCAUUCCCACAUUUGAGCAGUUGGCAGCUUUGCAGAUAGACUAUGAAGAAAAUGUGGACUUGAAUGACGUCCUGGUGCCAAAGCCGUUCUCUCAAUUCUGGCAGCCCCUGCUCAGGGGCCUGCACUCCCAGGCCUUCACGCAGGCCCUGUUGGAGAGGAUGCUCUCCGAGCUGCCAGCCUUGGGGGACAGCGGGAUCCGGCCCACCUACAUCCUCAGAUGGACCAUUGAACUGAUCGUGGCUAACACCAAGACUGGAAGGAAUGCCCGCCGAUUUUCUGCAAGCCAGUGGGAAGCAAGACGGAGCUGGAGGCUAUUCAACUGCUCUGCCUCCCUUGACUGGCCCCGGGUGGUUGAGUCCUGCUUGGGCUCACCUUGCUGGGCCAGCCCCCAACUCCUUCAGCUCAUCUUUAAAGCCAUGGGGCAGGUCCUGCCAGACGGGGAGCAGGAAAAGCUGCUGCACAUCUGUUCCAUUUAUAACCAGAGUGGAGAAAAUAGUCGGGUGCAGGAGGGCUCAGAGGCCUCCCCCGUUGGGAAGUCUCCAUACACACUGGACAGCCUGUAUUGGAGCCUCAAACCAGAUUGCUCUAGCUCUGGACCUGAAGGAGAAGCCCAGCAGCAGGAGGAGCAGGGCAGCCUUAAUGAUGUUAAGGAAGAUGAGGAGGAGGAGAAAGAGGUUUUGGAAGACCAGGUGGAGGAGGAGGAAGAGGAAAAUGAUGACCAGGAGAAGUGGAAGGAGGAGGUGGAGGAUGAAGAUGAUGAUGAUGAUGACGAUGACGAUGACGACGACGAUGACGAAGAUGAUGAGGAAGACAGAAUGGAGGUGGGGCCUUUCUCUACGAGGGAGGAGUCCCCCACUGCUGAGAAAGCUAGGCUUCUGGCCCAGAAAAGAGGAGCUUUGCAGGGUUCUGCAUGGCAAGUUAGCUCAGAAGAUGUGCGAUGGGACAUCUUCCCCUUAGGCCGAAUGCCAGGUCAGACCGAGGACCCAGCAGAGCUUAUGCUGGACAGUUAUGACACCAUGUAUCUUUUGGACCAGCCUGUGCUAGAGCAGCGGCUGGAACCCCCAACAUGCAAGACUGGCACCCUGGGCCUGAGCUGUGGCAUCGGCAGUGGCAACUGCAGCAAUGGCAGCAGCAACUUGGAGGGGCUUGUCUGGAGCCAGGGCCAGCUGCAUGGGCUCAAAACUGGCCUGCAGCUCUUCUGAUGCCUGCCCUGGUGCAAGUGUUCAUCCAGCCCUGCUGGGGCAGCAGCCUCCCCCCAUCCAGUGCACCUGAUGCCCAUGAAACAACCUGGGAGACAGCCCACAUCAGCUCGGUUUUCCACCACAGUGGAAUUUUGAAUAUGUUCUGGGGUUUUUUUUGUUUUGUUUUGUUUUGAAAAACAAUAAACAGGAAACUGUUGUUUCA